UUUUGGAGUUGAAUUCUUGAAUCGGUGAGAAGGCGAGAAAGGCUUGAGCGAAAAAAGAGAAGAGAAGGCGAGAAAGAAAUCAUCGACCAUGGACAAGAGUAUGCUCGGAGGAGAUAUGCCUCAGCUUUCUGAGGAAGAUAAUGUCAGGAUGUCCACCAUGAUUGACCAGCUCCAAAUCCGUGAUAGUUUGAGGAUGUACAAUUCACUUGUUGAGAGAUGUUUUACUGACUGCGUGGACACCUUCAAGCACAAGUCCCUGCAGAAGCAAGAGGAAAGCUGUGUCCGGCGAUGUGCAGAGAAGUUUCUUAAGCAUUCGAUGCGUGUUGGCAUGAGAUUUGCAGAGCUGAACCAAGGUGCAGCCACACAAGAUUAAACAAGUUAAUCUUAAUAAAUUUGGAGGAACCAAUUUUAUUUUGUUCUUAAUUGCUUCCAUGAUUUGAUUGUGUGUAUCUGUAUAACAAACUCCAUACCAUUUUUGAUGCCUUGCUAGAGGCGAAAUAACAUGCAUGUUUUAAUUUGUA